UCUCCCCACAACCAAAUCAACAACCACGCCAUUGCCGUUCUCUCCUCCUUUCCUUCCACAACCCAUCUCUUCCUCAUCCUCCUCCUCCUCUUCCUGCUGCUCUCUCGCUCUCGUUGGAUUCGGUUUGGUUUGGUUUGGGCCAUGACGAAGCACGGCGCGGUGGUUGUCCCGGAGGAUGCCGUGGUGGCGGCGGCGGCCGUCGGGCGGCAUUUCUCGUUCCCGCCGCCGAGGACGGGGGGCGUCGGCGGCGACUCGUGCAAGAAGCUGGCGGCGCAGCAGAUCGACCUCGGCGCCGCGGUGAUCGGGUCGUGGCUCGACUCCAUGAAGGCGUCCUCGCCGCGGCACAGGCUCGUGGCGCCCGCGGUCGCCGCCGCCGCCGCCGACGCGGAGCACGACGAGUGGAUGGAGAAGCACCCGUCGGCAUUGGGGAAGUUCGAGGCGCUGGCGGCGGCGGCGAAGGGGAAGCGGAUCGUCGUCUUCCUCGACUACGACGGCACGCUGUCGCCGAUCGUCGAGGACCCCGACCGCGCCGUCAUGACGGACGAGAUGAGGGACGCCGUGCGCGGCGUGGCGGCGCGAUUCCCAACGGCGAUCGUCAGCGGCCGCUGCAGAGACAAGGUGUUGAGCUUCGUGGGGCUGGAGGAGCUCUACUACGCGGGUAGCCACGGGAUGGACAUCCAAGGGCCCACCAACGCCGCCGCCUCCAAGGGAGGAGAGGAGGAGGAGGAGUCGGUGCUGUGCCAGCCGGCGAGGGAGUUCCUGCCGAUGAUCGGGGAGGCGUACGCGGCGCUGGUGGAGAAGGUGGAGGGGGUGAUCCCGGGGGCGAAGGUGGAGAACAACAAGUUCUGCCUCUCCGUCCACUUCCGCCGCGUCGACGAGCGCCGGUGGGGCGCCGUCGCCGACCAGGUCAGGGCGGUGCUCCGGGGCUACCCGCGCCUCCGCCUCACGCAGGGCCGCAAGGUGCUCGAGGUCAGGCCCGCCAUCAAGUGGGACAAGGGCGAGGCCCUCCGCUUCCUCCUCUCCGCCCUCGGCUUCUCCGCCGCCGGAGACGUAGAAGACGACGGCGACGACGACGACGCGUUCCCCAUCUACAUCGGCGACGACCGCACCGACGAGGACGCGUUCCGGGUGCUCCGAGCGAGGGGGCACGGCGCCGGCAUCCUGGUGUCGAGGUUCCCCAAGGACACCUGCGCCUCCUUCUCCCUCCGCGACCCCGGCGAGGUCAAGGACUUCCUCCGCAAGCUCGUCACCUGCGCUGCCGCAUGACGUCACCUUCACCUGACCACAGUGACACUAAUUGGCUUCCUCCUCCUCCACGGGAAAGAGAAAGAGAGAGAGAGAAAUAAUUAAGGAUCUUGAUUAGUCAAUUAGCGGUUACUAAUCCCUGUAUUAAUUUUAGCCGGUCACUUCAUUUCUUCUUCUUCUUUUUUUAUGUGUUUCUGUUCUUGCUCUGCGGCUGCCAUCUUGAUUGAUCGAUCGAUCUCACAGGCCACAGUGUGACAGCUCGAUCUGAAGGUUUCUCUAUUAUCCUUAACCUUCCUCCAGCUGAUCCAAGGCCUUGUAAUUAGUCGUCAAUUUUUAGCAGUUUGUUGUCUGUCUGUCUGUCACUGAAACGGGACGAAUUAAUCCGAAUUAAUACGAUCCAUUUCCACCUAA